AUGCAAUCUAAUUUUGAUAGUGAUACGGAGACAAAACGGAAAAAACGUCGCUGUCAAAAUACUGUGAGAUUGAAACAUGAAAAUGACGAAUUACGAGCUGUUUUUCGUAAACCAGAACGUGCAAAUACACGCUUACAAUCGUUGUCAAUCUCAAAUUCAAGCUUAUCAUCACCAAAUGAAAAAAGAAAAGAAAAAAAACACUCAAAUGAUAAUCAAAUAAUUUCACCAUCAAAAUUAUUAGUUCAAACUCUGAGUCCUGGUGCAAGAAGAAGAGCAACACUUCGUUUAAUGGACAAAAAGCAGAAAUUAGGAAUUAAUCUUUCUAAUCAAUACGCUCCACCGUUAAUCACCACACCAUCGAGAGUUCUUAAUUCGAAAAUUGAAGAAUUUUUCAAUCAAGAUGAUGUUUCUCGUCAACGUUUUGAAGCACAAACCGAAAUUGAUAUUAAUUAUCCCACUUUUGUUCAAUAUGUGCCAGAUUAUAUUAUUAAACCAAAUGUUGACUCGUGGGGUACGUGCUUAUGUAUGACAUGUAUUAAUCCUGAAUUAAAAAUUGAUAAAUUACAUCGUCGUCAACAUAAAUCGCCAUCACUACCAAAAGUGCAAAGUUUAAUUCCAACAAAAUUAGGUGAAUUAAUUAAAAAUGGAACAAAAUUAAGUGAAUUUAAAAAAGAAUUAAAUGAACUUAAAAAUGAAAAAUGCAAUAUUACAUGUACCAAAUGGUAG